UAAGUGUGAGGACACUCUGAGCUUAUCCCUCCCCGCCAAUAAUUUAAGUAGUAAAAAUACCAAACCCAGUCCCUGGGUGUGAGUUGCAACAAUACUCGAACGGUGUCGAACCCCACUGCACGCUCUGAAUCAGACCUGUUUAUCAUACUCAGAAUCAGCUUCACUAUUCCCCCACAAGGCACAAGCACAUACACAAGCCCACUUACUCUCGUUGAAUUUCUUGUAUUCAUUGGUAUUAACUCUCUCUCUCUCUCUCUCUCUCUCUCUGUGUGGAAGCUCCAAAGCACAAGGAAAGGCAAAGAUGGAGGCCCCCCCUCCUGGUUACCGUCCCAACGUUGGCAUUUGCCUCAUCAACUCCGAUAACCAAAAAAUUCCGUCAGAUUCUGGCUGUUGAUUAUCAGAUAUUGGGUGCUUGGGCUGGUUGAGAUUUCUGAUUGAAUUAUUAAACACAAUGCACAAAAAGGUUUUUACGGCUUCAAGAUUGAAUGUUCCAGGAGCAUGGCAGAUGCCUCAGGGGGGUAUUGAGGAUGGUGAAGAGCCCAAAUCUGCAGCCAUUAGAGAAUUGCGAGAAGAAACUGGAAUAGUGUCUGCUGAAAUUAUUACUGAGGUUCCGAACUGGUUGACUUAUGACUUCCCUCCAGCUGUGAAGGCAAAAACCAAUCGUGUCUGGCGAGGUGAAUAUCAUGGGCAGGCACAAAAAUGGUUCCUUAUGAAACUAACAAAAGAUGAGAGUGAGAUCAACCUAGCUAGUGGUGAAGCAAGACCAGAGUUUGCUGAGUGGAAAUGGGCAAGCCCGGAAGAAGUGAUCGAGCAGGUGGUGGACUACAAAAGGCCAACGUAUGAGCAAGUUAUGAAUACCUUCAAGCCUUACCUUAAUCGAAGUACAACUUCCACCAAAAUGUAAAUCCUCUAAGUAGUCAAUGUUUUGGGGAUGGACCUUGUGGAUUUACUUUAUUUAAAAUUCGUGUACAAUUUGCAUUCAGCAGUAGAAGUUUGGUCCUUGUUAAUGGAAUGACAGUAAGAACUUCAAAUUAAAUGUUUUUAUUUGUAAUAAUUCAAAUAUUUA